AUGGAGGCUGUUGUUAAUCUCUUCUUUGAUCUGGUUCAGCCGUGGAUUCCGAUAUUCCAUGAGAGAAGAUUUCGCCAGCGACUGAAAAGCCCAGAAGAUCGGCCAGCCUUGGAGGUUGUUCUUCAUGCAAUGGUCGUUGCAUUACUGAAACAUGUCUACCCUCGAGAGCUCAUUGAAAACUUGGGUGAUAUAGACACGAUUUGUGAGCGAUCACGGAAAAUUGCUGUGUUGACUGCGAUGGAUGCUCUUUAUGUUGAAAAUCUCCAAGCUCUUAUCAUUAUCUGCUUCGAAGAUAUUGGUUCCGGCAGACUCUCCCGUGCAUGGCCUAUCGUUGGCUCAUUGACGAGAACAGUGGAGUAUUUACAGCUGAGUGUCGAAUCAGAAGGCCAUGAUCAAGGUCCAAUGUUGCAACCUCGACCCUCUCUUCCUCAAGCCAGGGAUUGGGUCGAAGAGGAGGAGAGGCGACGUGUAUUUUGGACUAUCUUUAUCCUAGACAGAUUUUGUUCCGUUACAACAGGAUGGAAUACCAGCCUAACGUCAAAUGAUGUCCAUCGGCGCCUUCCUGCGGAUGGGGGCUUAUGGCAUAAUGAAGAAGCAGUCAUUACACCAUUCUUUGGAAUCUGGGAUCGUUCUGCAGGGAAAAUCGGAAGACUGAUUGCUUUUCUCCCCACCGACUAUAAUUCCACAGAGUCUUCGAGCAGCGAAUUCCCUUCAACACAGGGAAACAGUUGUAUUCCGACAAAAUUGAAUGAAAAGGUUGAUAUGUCAACCGUCGGAGCUUUUGCUUAUAGAGUUGAAGCCACCGAGUCAUUGAGCAGGGUAACUACUUUUUUUCUGCAGCAAAAGAUAAACUAUCGCGACCGACAAGAAAUGGGUAGCUGGCUCAUGCGAUUCAAGGAGCUAGAUUUACGCUUGGUCAGCUGGAAGAUGUUCCUGCCGCAAAAAUGGAAGGAUUCCAAUAUAUCUCGCCAGCCAGCUGUAGUGACGAUGGACCCAAAUCUGACGCUCGCACAUAUCACCCACAAUACAUCCAUGAUUCUACUUCACCAAAGAAUUGCAUAUCCUCCUUUAGAAUGGCUGGAAGUUGUCAAGUUACCGAUUUUGUCAAGUGCAGAGACGUGCGAAUCUGCCGCCAGUGAGACUGCCAACAUAACCCAGAAAUUUCUGGACAACUCGCACCCGCAAAGCAUUGUAGACAACCAGUUUGCGUUUUGCGUUUUUGUUAGCGCAAGAGUUCUUUUAGGUUUGCUCAUUAUCUACCAAGUUCUAGUAUACGUUGAGAGAGUUGCUGAUUCGUCGGUAUUAUCUCUAGUACACUGGCGCUACUACAAGACACAGGACCUUCCUUCAGAUUAUCACACGCUCAUGAAGUUUCUUGACAUCAUGUCAACUCGAUGGGCAACUCCGAAUCGUGAUAGAAAUACUUAUCAGAAAAACUCUGCAGCCAAGUAUUUCAGCCAGCUCCAAGAAAUAUAUGAGAAAUGCCAGAAUGAUGAAACAUUUAUACUCGAUGUGCUAGGCUAUUCGAAUGAAAUUGAAUGGACUGGCCCUCCUCCAAAUCAUAAGAGAGAUAAUCAUCAAACAUCGGCAUCCCACGACGAGGAGACUUCGAAUACAACCGAUGCUACUUCAGUAUCCUCAUCUGACUCUCAACUAAGCCUUACUUCUCUUCAACAUGCCACAAAUAUGACGACUUACAGUGUCGACGGUUCCACGGCCGGCUUACACCACAGCCCUCACUCCCACACUCAUGGUAGAAGAGAACCAAACAUCUUCGGUCAAACGGUUGACGUUAAUCCUGAAAUCGGGCAACAUCAUACGAUAUCAGUUAAUUCUGUACCCACCAAUUUGAAUUAUAAUACGGGAAGCCCGGAUGAAUUGACUGCGGUCACUUCAAUUUUGCUGGACCAGCAAUAUUCAGAAAUGGACAGAAUCAUCAGUUUAAAUAACGCAUAUUUUGCGUCUGACGUCGCUUAUAUUCGGUAA